AUGGACCUGCUCGACGUUGUUGCGACCGUGGUCAAUGUAUCCUCAAUGGCUACAAGAGCGGUUCUUGAAGUCUUCAGGCCGUUGCCGCCCAGGAUUGACAACUUGAGCGAUGUCGACAAUAUUGGCUUUAGUCCAGCGCCGGAAUCCCGUGCCUGGUGGCCUGUGACCCCUGCAACUUUAUGCGUAUUCUUAGUUUCGGCGAGUCUGAUCUAUUGUACAACUUUUCUCUUUUACAAUGCCUACCUGCACCCUCUGCGAUCUUUCCCUGGGCCUCUGGCUGGCCGCUCAACAGAAUGGUGGAAGGUAUAUAUCGAAGUGUUCCAGAAGGAGAGCUGGGCUGAGGUAUUGCAACGAUUGCAUGAGCGAUAUGGGGACGUUGUUCGUACAGCACCGAACGAGCUUCACUUCGCCAACCCGCAAGCUUACUUCGAUAUCUACGCUCCUGCGAUAAGAUGGGACAAGGAGGAGACCCUGUACCAUUCCAUGGCCGUGGACAACACAUCUUUCGGAUAUCUCAAAUACCAGGACGCAAAGCAGAGGAAGGACGUCCUCCAACCGUUGUUCUCAAGGAGAGCAGUAAGCAGCAUUCAAGGACUAGUCAAGCAGAAACUUGACGACUUCUGUGACAUCCUUACGGCCGCCAACUUUGCCAAGCAACCCUCAAACCUCUAUCUCGGCUUACGAUGUCUCACUGUCGACACGAUAUCCGCAUUCUGCUUUGGCAAAUCAGUCGGAGCGCUGGCAGCUCCAUCAUUUAAUGCGCCCAUUGUCCAGGCCAUGGACUUUGCGAACCCAGAGGGCAUUCCCAUCGGUCGCAGCACGAUUCCUCCAGAUCUGUCCGGCUUCGCACAAAUAGCCAACCUGACCCAGCCGCAAGUCGAUGCUGUGAUUAGGGAUCCAUCUACGUUGGAGAAGUUCCCUAACCAAACAAUAUACCAUCGUCUGCUCGAUCCAUCGAAUCAAGAUGGUCAUCCAAUUCCUUCAAGAGAGCACAUUCUGCAGGAAGCAAAGAACCUCAUAUUCGCAGGGUCCGAUACCACAGGCAAUACGCUUUACGUUGGCUUCUGGCAGCUAAUACAGAACCAAGCUCUCCAGUCACAACUCCGGACAGAGCUCAAGUCAAUAUGGCCCGAUCUUGCAGCCGAGUCUCCGACGUAUGAAGCUAUAAGUUCUCUACCCCUACUUUCUGCUAUCAUCAAGGAAUCCCUGCGAGUCUCUUCCGGCGUGGUCUCGCCUCUAUCACGUGUCGUGCCACAAGCAGGCGCUACUAUCGAUGGUCAUCGAAUCCCGGGCGGCACAAUUGUUGGCAUGUCCGCAAUCUUCAUGCAUUACAACACCGAUAUCUUCCCUGACCCACACAAAUUCAAUCCACGGAGGUGGAUUAGUGGCGAUGAUGAGUCGCCAUCGCGUUUUCGCGAACUGGAACGGUAUCUGGUGCCCUUCUCGCGUGGACCACGAAGCUGUCUAGGCAUCAAUCUGGCAUAUUGCGAGUUGUCCAUGACUUUCGCAUGGGUGGUCAGGAAGUUUGAGUUGAGCUUAUCGGAUGAAGAAGCACAGAAAGUCGACGUUGAUGAGCACGGGAACUUGGUCUGGAGGGACACCUUUCUACCCUGGUUCUAUGGCAGGCGGUACGAAGCAUUUUGCCGGCCUGUUGGGUCAUGA